AGGGCGGAGGGAGGAGGGAGGAGGGUGCGGCGGCAGAUCUGGCAAAUUGCGAGCCACCUUCCCUCCUCAAAGUGUGGAGCAGGAGCGCGGAGGAGCGCGACGGCGGCGCCUCCUCCGCCACUAAACUCCUGGGGCUCCGCGGGGGCUUGGGGCCACCUCCUCCUGAGCCUGGAGGAGCCCGCUCCCGAUAGGUUCCAGCCAGACUCCCCCCAUCCCACCCUUUUUCUUUCUUCUUCCUUUAAAAACACACACACACACACGCACACACGCACACACAUUUUUUCCUGGCUUCGGACCUCAGACUGCUGCAGCCUGAACCUUUCCAGGGCUCAGCUCUUUGGAGCUGCCCAUUCCUCCGGCUCCGAGAAAGGACGCGCGCCCUGCGUAGGGCGAAGAAGAGAAGCAAAACUUGUCGGAAGGGUUUCGGCGUCAACCUCCUUCCUGCAAACCUAAACCUCCUGCCGGGGCCAUCCCGAGACCGAGGAAAGUUCCUGCGGAGCCGACCAUCCCUAGUGGAUCUGGAGCUGGCAGCGGAGCAGACUGUGGAAUUAGGUCUGUUUUGAACCCAGUGGAGCGCAUCGAGGGGGCUCGGAAGUCACCGUCUGCGGGCACCCAGGUGGCUUGUUGUUCAGUGUCGGGUGAGGGCUGCGAGGGUGGCAAGUUGCAAAGAAAACCCCGAGGUCCGGAGAGGGCUGCGCUCCUGCUGGCUCUCGGGCCUUCCCCUCCUCGGCUCCCUGCUGUGAAAUCCCAGCGAAAUUUACAAAGGCCUCUGGGUCCAGCGGAGACCGACCCGCAGCGCUUGACCCGGUCGCCCCUGUCGCUUCGGGAGCCCCCGAGCACCGGCGAAGGACUGGCGGGAGGGGUAGGGAGGUGGCGGCGGCGGCAUGGCGAGGUUCCCGAGGGCCGACCUGGCCGCUGCAGGAGUUGUGCUACUUUGCCACUUCGUCCUGGACCAGUUUCAGUUCGCCGAAGGGAAGCCCGGAGACCAAAUCCAUGAUUGGCAGUAUGGAGUUGCUCAGGCCUUCCCUCACACAGAGGAGGUGGUGGAAGUCAAUUCACACACAUACAGCCACAGGUGGAAAAGAAGCUUGGACUUUCUCAAGGCGGUAGACACGAACCGAGCAAGCGUCGGCCAAGACUCUCCUGAGCCCAGAAGCUUCACAGACCUGCUGUUAGAUGAUGAGCAGGACAAUAACACCCAGAUUGAGGAGGAUACAGACCACAAUUACUAUAUAUCUCGGAUAUAUGGUCCAUCUGAUUCUGCCAGCCGGGAUCUGUGGGUGAAUAUAGACCAAAUGGAAAAAGAUAAAGUGAAGAUUCAUGGAAUAUUGUCCAAUACUCAUCGGCAAGCGGCGAGAGUGAAUCUGUCCUUCGAUUUUCCAUUUUAUGGUCACUUCCUACGUGAAAUCACUGUGGCAACCGGGGGUUUCAUAUACACUGGAGAAGUUGUACAUCGAAUGCUAACAGCUACACAGUACAUAGCACCUUUAAUGGCAAAUUUCGAUCCCAGUGUAUCCAGAAAUUCAACUGUCAGAUAUUUUGAUAAUGGCACAGCACUUGUGGUCCAGUGGGACCAUGUACAUCUCCAGGAUAAUUAUAACCUGGGAAGCUUCACCUUCCAGGCAACCCUGCUCAUGGAUGGACGCAUAAUCUUCGGAUACAAAGAAAUUCCUGUCUUGGUCACACAGAUAAGUUCAACCAAUCAUCCAGUGAAAGUCGGACUUUCUGAUGCAUUUGUCGUUGUUCACAGGAUCCAACAAAUUCCCAAUGUUCGGAGAAGAACAAUUUAUGAAUACCACCGAGUGGAGCUACAAAUGUCAAAAAUUACCAACAUUUCGGCUGUGGAGAUGACCCCAUUACCUACAUGCCUCCAGUUUAACAGAUGUGGCCCCUGUGUGUCUUCUCAGAUUGGCUUCAACUGCAGUUGGUGUAGUAAACUUCAAAGAUGUUCCAGUGGAUUUGAUCGUCAUCGGCAGGACUGGGUGGACAGUGGAUGCCCUGAAGAGCUUCCAGAUGAUACCAAGAUAGCACUACAUCUAAAAGAUAAUGGAGCUUCUACAGAUGACAGUGCAGCUGAGAAGAAAGGGGGAAGCCUCCACGCUGGCCUCAUCGUUGGAAUUCUCAUCCUGGUCCUCAUUAUAGCCACAGCCAUCCUUGUGACAGUCUAUAUGUAUCACCAUCCAACCUCAGCAGCCAGCAUCUUUUUUAUUGAGAGACGCCCAAGCAGAUGGCCUGCAAUGAAGUUUAGAAGAGGUUCUGGACAUCCUGCCUAUGCUGAAGUUGAACCAGUUGGAGAGAAAGAAGGUUUUAUUGUAUCAGAGCAGUGCUAAAAUUUCUAGGACAGAACAGCACCAGUACUGGUUUACAGGUGUUAAGACUAAUAUUUUGCCUAUACCUUUAAGACAAACAAACAAACACACACACACAAACAAGCUCUAAGCUGCUGUAGCCUGAAGAAGACAAGAUUUCUGGACAAGCCCAGCCCAGGAAGGGUAAACAAAAAACUAAAACUUAUACAAGAUACCAUUUACACUGAACAUAGAAUUCCCUAGUGGAAUGUCAUCUAUAGUUCACUCGGAACAUCUCCUGUGGACUUACCUGAAGUAUGACAAGAUUAUAAUGCUUUUGGCUUAGGUGCAGGGUUGCAAAGGGAUCAGGAAAAAAAUCAUAAUAAAGCUUUAGUUCAUGAGGGAUCGACACUUUUGAUUCAGAUGUUCUCUGAUGUCUCAAAGAUAACUGUUUUCCAAAGCCUGAACCUUUUCACACAAAAGAGCAGUGAUGAAUGUUUGAAAAUUGCUAAGAAAAACAGCUCGUGCAGGAGUGAAAACAAACACAAAUAAGAGAUUUUCUAUAUUUUCAAAACAAAUGUGUGGCAAAAGGAUGUCGUUUUUCUGGUCUAGAUCUAUCUGUACGAACAAGUUCAUGACUUUACAGGAUGAAUCCUUUUAUUGAUACAGGAGGUUCAGACUGUGUCUGUCUCUUUCUUGGUAAUGAAUGACCUUUUUAUGAGCUGUGACAAAAUUUCCAAACUUUUAGCUAAGGAUUUGGGAAGAGGGAAUGGGAAACGGGGCUUUCUGUACUCCUGCCUCAGUAAAAACAUCUGAUUUAUGCUUUAUGGAAGCCUUGCCUCCAUUCCCGAACUGAGAAGUCCCAUGAAACCACAGUUGCUCUGGGCUGACGGAAACACAAGGAAACAAUAUGAAGAGUUCCUUAAUCAUUUUUGAAACAAAAAUGUUAAGGGAUUUUAAACUUAUGGUUAUUUUUCAUUUUAUGCGGUUUCUGUACUAAAGACCCAUUUCAUUGCCGAUUCCUGUCUCAGAAGCCAUUCACGUCAGCAUGGCGAUAAAAAGAAUGAAAAACCCUGCUGAAUCAUACAGUAAUUUUCUUUAAAGCACAUAGUAGUUACAUAAAUAUAUAUAUAUAUAUAUAAAUAUAUUUUUGUUUAUAACUAACACAAGGCGGGAUCUUGUGACUCUAAGAGUGCAUUUUGCCAUCAAGACAAAACAGAUGCAAGAUGCAUCGCUGCAUUACUUCCAUAGAGUUGUAAAAUAAUCCUUAAUAUUAGAAUAUUUUUCUGUCAUUUAGCAAAAGUGGUUCAGUCAUUGCCACACUCAUCAUGUUCUUGACUAUUUGAUACACUUUUUCAUUCAUGCCAACCCCUUCCCUCUCUGGCUAAAGUGGAUGCAGAAAUCUCCUUAAAUGGAGCUAUCUAUUGCCCUGGAAUCACAAUCCUGACUUUGAAGAUUCCCAUGAAUGAAGAAAGGAAAGGCAUCCCUUGAGAUGGAAAGUGGUUAAUAUAUAUACUGAGCUCCUAAAGUCCAAAUUCAGGUACUGAGUGUACAGCUUCACCAACAUCCCAACCAAUGAAACGUUUACACUCUGUGCUGAGAAACUGUUGGCCUUUGAAGGUACAGUGUGCAACAUUUGCAGAUUCAGGUCUCAAGAAGCAGAGAUGUUUCAUAAACAGCAUUUUCCUAGCAGCUUAGCAUCUGUACACAUCUGCCUUGGACAUUAGUCUACUCACAGAGUACCAUACUUUAUCAUCACGAGUGUCUGACCUGAACCAAUGGCAUUUUCUAUUCCAUAUAUAUUGCUUUACAAUUUUAAGUAUUUGAUGAAGGUGGUAACUUUUUCCUAACCAACUUAGUUAAUUAUUGCAAAAAGAAAAUUGAAAAG